AUGGGUUCCAGACAGCACGUUCGGGAUAUUAAAAGCGGUCCUCCGCUGCACUACACGGAUGAUAUCAGAUCAUACAAGAAAGAGUAUGCUGAGGCUCUCGAUGCACAAGAUCCACUCCGAUCUUUUCGGAAUGAGUUUAUCAUUCCGUCUAAAAAGGAUUUGAAGAGGAAGACACUCGCGGUUGAUGAGGGCAAUGAAGAAUCAGACCCAAGAUGCAUUUACUUCUGUGGCAACUCCUUGGGAGUUCAACCUCACAGCACUCGCAGGUAUAUUGAGCAGUAUCUACGAGCUUGGGCAACCAAGGGCGUGACCGGGCACUUUGUGCCGCAUGAAGAUGAACUACUGCCUCCUUUCGUUGACGUGGACACCGCAGGUGCCAAACUUAUGGCCCCUGUCGUAGGUGCUUCUCAAAGUGAAGUGGCAGUGAUGGGUACCUUGACUGCCAAUCUACAUCUGUUAAUGGCAAGCUUCUACCGUCCAACAAAAGAGAAGUUCAAAAUCAUCCUGGAGGGCAAGGCCUUCCCCAGUGAUCAUUAUGCAGUCGAGUCUCAAAUCCGUCAUCACAACUUUCACCCAAAGGAGGCCAUGGUUUUGAUUGAGCCCGAGAGUCUCGAUAAGCCUACACUCCGUACGGAACAAAUCCUUCAAGUUAUUGAUGACAAUGCUUCCAAUACGGCACUUGUACUCCUCUCGGCUAUUCAGUUCUACACGGGACAAUACUUUGACAUCGAACGGAUCACAGCACACGCUCACUCAAAGGGAAUAAUGAUCGGUUGGGACUGUGCUCACGCCGCGGGCAACGUGGAUCUUCAACUUCACGAUUGGAACGUGGACUUUGCAGCCUGGUGCAACUACAAGUAUCUCAAUAGUGGACCGGGUGGAAUGGCUGGUAUAUUUGUCCAUGAGCGCCACGGCCGCUACGUAAGGUUGUAUUGGUAUGCAGGAUCCAAGACUAACAAAUUAGAAUUCCAACCACAACCCGGAGCGGCUGGUUUCCAGCUAUCAAAUCCCUCUGUUCUGGACAUCAAUGCUGUCGUCGCAUCCCUCGAGAUUUUCAAUCGGGCAACAAUGAAAGAGAUCCGACAAAAAUCGUUGAACAUCACAGGUUACCUGGAACACCUGUUACUCAAAUAUCCUCUGGAUGCGCCACCAGAAGAUAAGCCCUUUACCCUUAUCACACCCUCAAACCCAACCGAGAGAGGUGCUCAGCUCAGUCUACGUCUCCAGCCAGGAUUGUUAGAUCAUGUGCUACAUCAGUUGGAGGAGAACGGUGUGGUAAUUGACGAGAGGAAGCCAGACGUCGUGAGAGUUGCCCCUGCACCGUUGUACAACACCUAUGCCGAAGUAUGGGAAUUCUCUCAAAUAUUCUUGCAGGCGUGCAAAGAUGCAGUCAAAGCUCGUGAACCCUCUGCGCAAGACCCAGAAUCGCAGCCGAAGGCAGCAACUGAAAUCAGAGAUGUCACUGAUGUCGACUAUUCGGUCUUCACUGAUAGCCAGCGGCGCUAUAUCGUCUUUAUGGCGUCAUGGGCUGGCUUUUUCUCGCCCGUCUCGUCUCAGAUCUAUUUUCCCGCUUUGAACACUUUAGCGAAGGAUCUUCAUGUGUCUAAUUCCUUGAUCAAUCUGACUUUGACAAGCUAUAUGAUAUUUCAAGGACUGUCACCCAUGUUCAUUGGUGAUUUUGCAGACAAGGCUGGACGACGACCUGCAUACUUUGUUUGCUUCACUAUAUAUAUCGCAGCUAAUAUCGGACUUGCUUUGCAGAGUAACUAUGCAGCUCUUUUCGUGCUCAGAUGUCUGCAGAGUGCAGGUAGCAGUACCACCAUCGCCCUUUCAUCUGGCGUGGUUUCCGAUGUGGCCACUGCAUCUCAACGAGGCUCCUACAUGGGGUUCGUGACUGCUGGAUCCCUAAUGGGACCCUCAGUAGGACCAGUGAUUGGUGGUUUACUAUCUCAAUACCUGGGGUGGCGCGCCAUCUUCUGGUUUUUGACCAUCUUUGCUGGUGCGUUCAUGGUGCCCUUCCUGGUCUUCUUCCCAGAAACAGCUCGUGGCAUUGUCGGUAAUGGAUCACUGCCUCCUCAAAAAUGGAACAUGUCCCUGAUCAGCUACCUCAAAAUGAGGAAAGCCUGUAAAGACGGGAUUGUUCCUCCUACCAAUGCCUCAAAGCAAAAACUCAAGUUCCCAAAUCCUUUUCAGACACUCGCCAUUGUCUUCCAAAAAGAUACAGGUAUCAUUCUUUUCUGCAAUGCCAUUCUUUUUGCAGGAUUCUACGAUGUCAGCGCAACCAUUCCUUCCAUCUACAAUGAGCUCUAUGGUCUGGACGAUCUCCAAGUCGGUCUCUGCUACAUUCCAUUUGGCCUCGGUGCUACCAUCGCUUCAAUCGGGAAUGGCAAGUUCCUGGACUAUAAUUACCGCCGCCUCGCAAAGCAACUGAACUUCCCCUUAAUCAAAAACCGCCACACCGACCUACGGAACUUCCCCAUUGAAAAGGCUCGCUUGCAGAUUGCAUUCCCUCUUCUCGCAUUGGGAAGUCUCAGCGUCCUUGUCUUCGGUUGGUUUUUGAACUAUGGAAUUCAUCUUGCCGCGCCAACAUGUAUCCUGUUCCUCAUGGGAUUGACUUUGACGGGUGCAUUCAAUACUAUCAGUACACUACUGGUGGAUCUAUACCCGACACAAGCGGCCAAGGCCACUGCUGCUAAUAAUUUUGGGCGUUGUUUGUUAGGUGCUGGUGCUACGGCGCUGAUUGAUCCUAUGCUUUCGGCUAUGGGUCGGGGCUGGUGUUUUACUUUCAUUGCGCUUGUCAUGCUGGCUACGACGCCACUGCUUAUUAUUGUUAUUCAGAGGGGACCUCAAUGGCGCGAGGAGCGUCGUUUGAAGGAGGAAGCUAAGAAGAUUGGGAGUGAGGGUGCACUAACAAGUGAGAAGUGA